AACAGAGCAUUACAUCAUAUGCAUGUGUGACUCCAUAGCUAUAGAUAUAUCCAGCACAUCUGAGUCAAAUACCGUGGCGUAAGGACACAGGGCAGGACAGGACAGCCAUGGGACAGUCACUCUCUACUGGAGAACUACUCGACAAAUACGACCUAGAGGAAACACUUGGUGAGGGAAGUUUCGGGGUCGUGUAUAGAGCAAUCAAUCGAGAGACAAAUGAAUUUGUUGCGGUGAAGGAAAUCAAAUCUGAUCUGACGCAACGUGAGAAGUUUGUCAAAGAAACAGAAUUACUGAGAGAAAGCGGAGGCCAUGGCAAUAUUGUAUCCAUUAUUGAAUCUUUUGAAUUUGAACCGGAUGGUUUCUAUAUAGUCUUGGAAUAUUGUGAACUUGGAGACCUUAAUCGUUAUGUGACAAAAACACAUGUGUCAGUGGAUUCCAAAGUGCUGUUUAUGUAUGACAUGUCCAAUGGCUUAGACUUCUUGCACCAGAUCAAUAUUGUUCACAGGGAUAUGAAGCCUGCAAACGUGUUAGUCACCGAGAGUCAAAUUCAUGGACGUCCUGUAUGCAAAAUAUCCGAUCUGGGAGAAGCUAGAAUGCAUGCGUCCGACAUGACAUCUGAUACUCUUCCCAGCUAUCUGACAUCAACCCAUGGAACAAUGGCAUAUAUCGCUCCAGAAGUUCUCCUGGGUCAUUACACCAAGUCAUGUGACGUGUUUCUCCUCGGAGUUAUAUUUUAUGCUCUGUUCUCUGAUUACGAAUAUCUCAAUCCAUUCGUCGAUGGUCAGUGUAUGUAUGAGGUAGCUUUUAGCAGAAUACAGAGUGCACUGGCAGGGCUCCAAACUUUACCAACAGAAUUGAGAGAUCUGACACUGAAGAUGUUGAAGAAGGAUUACCACGAUCGUGUUGAGUGUAGUACAGUGAAGGAGACACUGGACACUUACAUAAAUGGAUUGCAAAAUAAUAACCCUCGCCGCGAUGUAGGAGGAGGACAAUGGUUUGAGCAACCUACGGACGUCCGUCCGCGAGUCCGUCUGUUCUUCCGUCCGCGCGCCCUCUGCCCGUCCGCGAUGAUGGGUACUGAUUUUCUCAAAACCUUUUUAUAGAUAGGGAAACCAAAUUUGGUAUGUGUUUUCAGGACAUGAAUGCUUGAUUGAGAUCGGAAACGGAAACC